AGGUGGCUCUUUUUAAUGCGGUAGUGUAAUUAGCUGGCUGAAGACUAAACAUGAGAAUAGCAGGUGCUGCAAAGCUGGUAGUGGUCAUAGCAAUAUUUUUAUUCACAUUUUAUGUCAUAUCUCAAGUGUUCGAAAUAAAAAUGGAUGCAAACUUAGGACACAUAUUUGCUAGAUCAGCACUGGAUGCAGCUGCACGCUCUACAAAACCUCCAAGAUAUAAAUGUGGGAUCUCUAAAGCUUGUCCUGAAAAGCAUUUUGCGUUCAAAAUGGCAAGCGGAGCAGCAAAUGUAGUUGGACCUAAAAUCUGUGUGGAAGAUAAUGU